AUGGUGGUUGAGCUCCACGUAUGGGGUCCGGCAUUCGGACUGCCUUCGAUAGAUGCAGAAUGCAAUGCCGCGAUCGCGUUUUUGAACCGCACUAUUGCGCGAACACAAUGGGUGCUGAUUGCUGCUCACGACACAUCACCGAGUCCAACCCAGAAUUUCCCUGCUCUCCGCGAUGAUACGACAUGGAUAGGUGGAUUCAAUCAAAUAGUUCAAUACCUCGGCCAGUAUCCCUCAGGAUCACAUAACUCGGAUUCAAUAUUCACGAGGGAACAGAAGGCCGACAGCUUAGCCUUUUCUACAUUCAUCGAAACUACCGGCCGACCUAUUAUUGAUCUCUCUCUAUACACUUCCUCCCAAAACUACUCCACCACAACCGCACCGGCGUACACUGCUAUAUUACCAUGGAAUCUAAAUUACACAAUACCGCCCGGACACCGAGAUGCAGCGAGAGCUCGAACAGCUCAUCUAGGUCUCUCCGGACUCGAUGUAGACUUGGAUCUGGACGGCCCUGAGCUUGGGACUACUCUAGGCGGGGAGUUUGAGGCAGCAAAAAAGGCAUCGGGCCUACCAUCGGACAGUCACGCAAAUCGCCCAAGCGUUUUAAAUCUCGGUCGACAAAAGGGCCUCCAAGGCCUUCUGAGCUCUCCGGUCUACGCAGCUCGAUUCAAGCUGGAUGCGCUUGCCAAUGAAUUCCUAGCACCGCUUUCGGACCUUCUGGGCAAGAAGCAAUACCUACUAAGAGACGAUGCGGCCUCAAGCUUAGACGACCUAGCGUUUGGGUACCUAGCACUGAUGCUCUAUUCCCCAGUUCCACAAACGUGGCUAAAAGAAGCUAUCGAGGGACGAUAUUCACGGCUGGAGAAGUAUAUCAGGCGCAUGCGCACGGCUCUUCUGGGCAGCGAUGAGGACGUGAGCCCGUCCGACGUAUCUGCCCUUGCUUCGUGUCCCAGAGAUGAUGGUGCGCUGAAAACCGCUCGCCGGGGGCUUGGACUGACAUUGCCCUGGUCUCCACCAAUGGCCACAUCGCUAGCUACAACCACAUACACAGUCGUGAGGGAUAUAGUCGGGAGCUUACCCGUGGUAUCGACAUUGAUACGCGACGACCCCGUCCGCCAGGAUCGGCAAUCCGAAGAUGUAGCCAUGAAGCCGAGCUCGGCAUUGCCAUCUCCGUUUAUUGUAAACACCUUCUUCGCGACAUACUCGAUGCGCCAGUCGCGCGCCCCGACGGCGUCGCAGAUCCAGAGCCCGCCGCCGCCUCCAUCCUCGACGAAGCAUGGCAGGUUCUUCGGCAGGGGCAAUAUCGGUCACACUUUCCGCGGAAAGGCUGCGGGUGCCUUUGGUCCCGACCUCGCCAAGAAGCUCUCACAAUUGGUCAAGAUGGAGAAGAACGUCAUGCGCAGCAUGGAGCUUGUCAGCAGGGAGCGAAUGGAGGUUGCACAACAACUCUCCAUCUGGGGCGAGGCAUGCGACGACGACGUCUCUGAUGUCACCGACAAGCUCGGUGUGCUUAUCUACGAAAUUGGCGAGCUCGAAGACCAGUUUGUCGACCGCUACGACCAGUACCGUGUGACCAUCAAGAGCAUCCGCAACAUUGAGGCUUCAGUCCAGCCUAGCCGCGACAGGAAACAGAAGAUCACCGACAACAUUGCACAGCUCAAGUACAAGGAGCCGAACUCCCCCAAAAUUGUCGUCCUCGAACAGGAGCUCGUCCGCGCUGAGGCCGAGUCGCUCGUCGCCGAGGCUCAGCUCUCCAAUAUCACCCGCGAGAAGCUCAAGGCUGCCUUCACCUACCAGUUCGAUGCUCUCAGUGAGCACUGCGAGAAGCUUGCCAUCAUUGCUGGCUACGGAAAGCACCUCCUUGAGUUGGUUGAUGAUACCCCCGUUACUCCCGGCGAGACCAGGCAAGCGUACGACGGAUACGAGGCUAGCAAGGCUAUCAUCCAAGACUGCGAAGAUGCCUUGACCAACUGGGUCUCCCAGAACGCCGCCGUCAGCAGCAAGCUCUCCGUCCGCUCCCGCACUCUCUCCCAGCGCCGUGCCGCCCGCCGCCAGCCCGGCGAAGGUGUCGACCUCUCCCACCAAGAUCAGUCGCUCGGCGACAGGGAGUCUGGCCUCUGGAUCCCCGCCUCCGAGCACCGUGGCAACGGCUACGAAGAAGACGAGGAGGAGGACGCGCCGUCCACGGUCGGCACUGAAACAAGAGGCCGUGAAGAGGAGCGAGUCGCCGCAUAA